AUGCAAGCUGAAAUUGCGACGAGACCAGUGGUUCCUCUCGAGGUCGCGCCAGGGUCUAGCGAAGCUGUCUUUUACUGGAAUAGAAGUCUUGCACGACGAUCUCUGUUUCUCGUCUGGGGCAUUGAUGCUGUUUAUACUUCCUCGACGAUAUCUUUGUCGCACCAUCGACUGGAGACGAAGUUAAAUUCCCUAUCCUACGCUGCUCGGACCAUGACCCUUUAUUCUCGAGCUGAAAGCCAAGUCGAUGAUCUGAUCGUAGCCUUCGCCCCAAGCAGGGCUAUUGCUGGAGGUGGCGUCGUUGAUAGAUAUUCCGCAAGGGCGGUAAUGAGUUUGAUUGGCUGGCAUAUCCAGCUGAAGAAGGUAAUGCUUGAACUAAUGCCGAAGGAAGGAUCGCAGCCACGCAACUGCCUACCUUAG